CUUAGCCUUAAAUUAAGACCAAAAAGCAAAUGUUUGUUUUCAUGAAUAUUUACGAUGGCUGUGGUAACUAGUGGAAACCCAAUAACUUUCCUGCGCGAUGCACAUCAAUAACAGGCUCUCUGAUUGGUCAGGGACACAUGAACGAUGCAUUUGUAAAUGGCUUUCCUUGGGAAUAAUGUAAUGUUUUAUUUGUUGUAAUGUAUUAUCAGCACCUUAAAGCAUUUUGUCGCAAUUUUGAGUAACAUUUUGUUGAUCGUCUUGGAUCUGGAAAACGAUGUCGGCCGCAGAAGGCGAUCGCAGUUCGGAACAACUGAAUAAAUUCGAGAAACUGACAGUGAGGCCUCCAGUCAGAGUAGCAGGUCUCCAUAUGCCCCCAGCUCGGAGCGGGCAUCGCUGCGUGGCAGACAACACCAACCUGUACGUGUUCGGGGGGUACAACCCGGACUAUGAUGAGUCGGGCGGCCAGGAGAACGAGGACUACCCGCUGUUCAGGGAGCUGUGGAGGUACCACUUUUCCACGGGCACCUGGCAGCAGAUCCGUACAGAGGGCUACAUGCCCACCGAGCUGGCCUCCAUGUCAGCUGUUUUACAUGGAAACAAUCUGUUGGUGUUCGGUGGCACUGGGAUUCCCUUUGGGGAAAACAACGGAAAUGACGUCCACGUCUGCAACGUCAAGUACAAGCGGUGGUCGCUGCUCAACUGCCGAGGGAAGAAGCCCAACCGAAUCUACGGACAGGCGAUGGCCAUCAUUAACAGCUUCCUGUAUGUGUUUGGGGGAACGACGGGCUACAUCUACAGCACAGACCUGCACAGACUGGACCUGAACACCAGAGAGUGGAUCCACCUCAAACCCAACAACCCACCAGACGACCUGCCUGAGGAACGGUACAGACAUGAAAUAGCACACGACCGUCAGAGGAUAUACAUCCUGGGAGGAGGGACCUCCUGGACCUCCUAUCCUCUGGACAAGAUACAUGCGUACAACCUGGAGACAAAUUCCUGGGAGGAGAUCUCAACCAAGCCUCAUGAUAAAAUAGGGUACCCUGCUCCCAGGAGAUGUCACAGCUGUGUGCAGAUACGGAACGAUGUGUUUCUAUGUGGAGGUUACAACGGUGAAGUCAUAGUGGCUGAUCUGUGGAAGAUCAACCUGCAGACGUUCCAGUGGACCAAGCUCCCAGCGGUGAUGCCUGAGCCAGCCUAUUUCCACUGUGCUGCCGUGACCCCGGCUGGCUGCAUGUACAUCCACGGUGGUGUGGUGAACAUCCACGAGAACAAGCGGACUGGCUCCCUGUUUAAGAUCUGGCUGGUGGUGCCCAGCCUGCUGGAGCUGUGCUGGGAGCGUCUGCUCAAGGCCCACCCCCAGCUGGCUCAGUUGCCCACCAUGCAGCUUCUCCACCUGGGCCUCACACAGGAACUCAUCGAGCGCUUGAAAUAAAGGAGGAAGGAUGGAUGGAAUGAUAGAUGGACGGAUGGGAGAUGUCGGACGGAGAACAGGAUGGUCGCCUUGAAGGAGUUGAUGGUCCCUCUGUCUACGUAGCCCCGCCUUAAAACCAAAAACAAUGGGAUGCCUUUUUUCUUUUUGCAUUUGGACAUCUGAUGAUUUUAAAAGGAAUCCCCAUCUCGCCCCAUUCCCCCAUCUCGCCCCAUUCCCCCAUCUCGCCCCCGCCCCAUUCCCCCAUCUCGC